AUGCAGCAGGAAGGAGAGCGGCAAUCGGGGAAGUAUCAGACCAAGACCGUACCCCAGGCCUCCACGACCAAGUCAAUGAGCCAUCCAGCGGACCAUGCGGCUGGUGAAGGCGUCAAUUCGAGACAGCUUCCCCCCAACGCUAUCUCACCGCGGAGGUCACUCUCCAGACGUGGAUCGUCGGGACCCGUGGCACUAUCGGCGAAGGACUCAUUGGUGUUGAGCGCAGAUGACGAGAGUGACGCCACUGGCCAUCGUAAGUCCUCAUCCACCGAGGCAAAUGGUACCCAUGUGGACGAUCCAGAAGCCGAGUCCAAGGCCUGGGCGGAGUACGAGGCUCGACGGGAGAGGUUGGAGCGACGGCGAAGGGAGAGAGAGGCGAGGGAGGAACAGCGGAGGAAGAAUAUUGAAGCGUUGAAUGCUGCUUCGAACUACACUUAUAUGGACGGCACGACACAGAGGUAG